AGUCGACAUUCACACACGAUGCCUGCUGCCGUCGCUACCAACGGCGCGAACGAAGGCCGUCAGGUCAAGCGUCAAAGGACGACUCAACAUGAAGACGCAGUCGUCAAGAGCCAGAGACAGCCCGGCUCUUCGCGACUUUUGCGCCGUACAGGUAUCGCCCUCGGCAAGACAACCUUCCAACUCACCACCUCGGUCGGUCGCAGUCUCCAGACCUACGAUUUGCGUCGCGGUCUCAAUCUCGUCUUCAUCACCCGCCCUCAGACUCCCGAAUUCAUCACUGCAAGCAUAGCGAACAAGGACCUGGUAUACGCAGCAUGGGGUGGACAGUCGCCCGAGUCGGAACGCGGUGUCUGGAUUUUCAAGAGAGGCAAGAAGGUCGCUGAGUUGGAGAUGCCCAUGAACCACAAACACAACAUCAAGUCCUUCACCAUCUUCGGCUCCUGGAUCAUCGGUGCUUGCGACAAUCAGAUCCUCGUCUGGAAGUCGUCCAACUACGAGCUCUACACCACGCUCCAGAGCAUCACCGCUUCUUCAUUCACUGGAACCCUCAGCAGCAUGCCCACCAUGCUCAACAAGAUUGUCGCCGGAAAGGAUGAUGGUACUGUCGAGAUCUGGAACGUCUCAAGCGGAAAGCUCGUUUACUCCCUGCUCCCUCCCGCCGCCGACUACGGUGCCGUCACCGCACUACAACCCACUCCCGCCCUCAACCUCCUCGCAAUCGCCUACGAGUCCGGUCCUUUGAUCAUCCAGGACAUUCAAGCAGACAAGAAGAUUCUACAGUUCAACGCAAGCGCCCACGGCACAAACGGCCCCUCCAUCACCUCGAUCUCUUUCCGAACAGACGGCAUGGGCGCAGGAGACGAUGGUAAAAGAGCUGGUGUCAUGGCUACCGCCUCGAACGAGAGCGGUGAUGUGACCCUGUGGGACUUGAACAACGGCGGUCGCAAGCAGGGUGUUCUUCGUGGCGCUCACGCUCCUCCUUCAUCUGCUUCGCCUGGCGGUGUCACAAGAGUCGAAUUCUUGCCUGGUCAAGCCAUCAUCGCUACCAGUGGUUUGGAUAACAGCCUCAAGACCUGGAUCUUCGACGAGAGCCCCUUCAACCCCGUGCCCAGGAUUUUGCACCAGCGCAGUGGCCACGGCGCUCCCGUAACUACUCUGGAAUUCCUACCCGCUGCUUCGGACGGCUCUGAUGCAAGUGGAAAAUGGCUUCUCAGUACCAGCAAGGAUCGCAGCCUGUGGGGCUGGAGUUUGAGACGUGAUGGCCAGAGCACCGAGCUUUCGCAGGGCAAUGUUACCAAGAAGGCCAGAAAGCAGGGCAUUCUUUCUUCAGAAGGCAGAGACACUAUCGAGGCACUCAAGGCUCCCCCAAUCACUGCCAUUGCUUGUUCGCUCAAUCGCGACGGUGGCAUGGGCUCUAUGCCUGGCAAAUUCCCCAUCUGGCAAUCCGGUAAGGGCAAGACGAAGAACAGCACAGAAGCUACAAGCAUGACUGGUUGGGAAAGUGUCGUUACUGCACAUGAGGGCGACAACAAGGCGAGAACUUGGUUCUGGGGAAGAAAGAAGGCUGGCAGAUGGGCUUUCGAGACACAAGAUGGUGGUAAUGUCAAGAGCGUUGCAGUUUCGCCUUGCGGUACUUUUGCUCUGGUUGGAUCUGAGAACGGUGGCAUUGACAUGUUCAAUCUUCAGUCUGGUGGUCACAGGCAACGAUACCCGGCACGACUCACUCCUGCUCAAGCACAACAACUCAAGCAUGACUUGGCCAAGGCAGAAGAAGCCAUUGCUCCGGCAGCAGAGGCUGGCAAGAAGAAGUUCUACCGUGGACAGGGCAAGCACACUGCUGCUGUUACUGGUCUGGCUGUCGACAACCUCAAUCGCACCGUCAUUAGCUGCAGUAUCGAUGGAAAAAUCAAGUUCUGGGACUUCAUGAGCGGAGCUCUCAAGCACGAGAUUGACUGGUCUGGAGCCGUUCGAAUCACAGGUCUGAGACUGCACCGUGGAUCAGAACUCGCCACCUUCACUUGUACUGACGGUUGUGUGCGUGUCGUCGAUGUCACCACAUUCAAGCUCAUCCGUGAGCUGAGAAUGUCACGAUCAUCACAAUCAAAGGCUUUCGACUUUGCCGACUUUGGCUUCUCCAACGACGGUCGCUGGGUUAUGGCCGCAACCUCUUCCUUCGUUUGCGCUUGGGAUCUCCCAACUGGACACUUGAUCGAUGUUUUCAAGCUCCCUUCAACAUGUAACGCUAUCAGCUUUUCACCGACUGGAGAGUAUCUAGCAACAGCCAGCGAGGAACACGUUGGUGUCGAUGUCUGGUCCAACAAGACCAUGUUUACUCACGUACCCACCCGCCACAUCAACGAGGCAGAGCUGUCAACAAUUCUUGCAAGCAAAGCCCAAGCACCUACAGUAUCAGGUGAGGGCAGUGUCAAUGUUGUCGGUACCUUGGCAAACGCUCCCGAUGCCGAGUCAGAUGAUGAAGACUAUGUCGAUGGCGACCUUGAUGCUGAUGCGGACCUGGACGACCUUUCUUCGGACCUCGUGUCAUUGUCAUUGGUACCUCGCAGCCGCUGGCAGAACUUGCUACAUCUAGACAUCAUUCGUCAACGUAACGCACCGACAGCAGCACCCAAGAAACCUGAGAAGGCACCUUUCUUCCUUCCCUCCUUGCAAGAACGACAAGCCAACCCAGCCAUUGCAAACACGAACACUACGCAAGAUCUUGCUGCUAUUGAGCAAGAGCGCAGCCGCAUCAUGAAGAUGGACCGUCAGAACACAGUCUCAAAGUUCACCUCUUUGCUGCGUGAUGCCUCUGACACAGGCGACUUUGCAUCAUUCAUCACUCAUUUGAAGAGUUUGAAUCCCGCAGCUGCCGACAUUGAGAUCCGCAGUCUGUCUUCCNCCAUCACAUCCUUCGAUCCUGAUUCGGAUGCUUGCAACGAGUUGGUCGCUUUCGUACGAGCGCUUUCUUACCUCUGCACAUCCAAGCGCGACUUUGAACUCGGCCAAGCUUGGAUGGCGGUCUUCCUCAAGGUGCAUUCCGACGUUGUGAUUGAGGAUACCGAACUCCGUGCAAGCGUCAAGGAGUGGAGAGACAGAGUUGUGGAGGAGAAGGAGAGAGUCGAGAUGUUGGCGCAGUAUUGCGGUGGUAUGGUCGGCUUCCUCAGAGCUGCCAGAGUGUAG